UUCUUGGCCGUUUCUUGUCGCACUCGGCGACGUGCAGAGAGCUCUAUCCAACAUGUCGAUGCAAGUGGAAAGUGACGGUUACGACGAGAAGAAUGCCAACUUCAAAGACCAUGCUCGUGGGCGGCAGUUCUCGCUGCAGGGCGAUAACGCAGAUAUCGUGGAAGGAGACGUUCAAAACUUGCACCGGGGACUGAACGGCUUCCAUACCAGUAUGAUUGCCAUCGGUGGUGCAAUCGGAGCUGGUUUGUUCGUUGGUGCUGGUGGAGCUUUCGCCCAAGGAGGUCCAGCUUCCGUUCUCAUCGGAUUCAUCAUCAUUUCCGUGAUGAUAGUCUGCGUUAUGCAGGCUCUUGGUGAACUGGCGACACUUUAUCCCCAGAAUGGCGCAUUCACAGCGUACGUAAUACGCUUCAUCGACCCCAGCUGGGGAUUCGCUAUGGGCGUCAUUUACGCCAUUUCUUGGUUGACUGUUCUACCUUUCGAACUCACAGCCGCUGGUCUCACCAUUGAUUUCUGGAGGCCGGACAUCAAUAUCGGUGUUUGGAUUGCGGUAUUCCUCACGGCUAUGUUUGUCAUUCAGGCAUUCGGAGUGCGGGCAUAUGGCUGGACUGAGGUCGUUCUCAGCAUGAUCAAGGUCAUCACAAUCAUCGGCUUCUGCAUUUUUGCCAUCAUUAACAACGCUGGAGGUGUUCCCACCGAUCCUCGAGGAUACAUCGGCUUCGAAUACUGGCAGAACGGACUUGCUUUCCGCAACGGAUUUCACGGAUUCUGUUCCGUAUUUGUUACGGCGGCCUUCUCUUUCGCUGGUACUGAGCUUGUGGGUCUGACUGCUGCAGAGACCAAGAACCCAGAAAAGCAGCUGCCACGGGCUAUUCGCCAAACAGUCUUCCGAAUCGUCGUCUUCUACCUCCUAUCUCUACUCCUGGUCGGCACGCUGGUGCGAGCUGAUGACGAGAGGCUGCUUAACGCCGGCAACAGCAACACCAAGGACUCCAUCUUCGUCGUUGCCUUCCUCAAUGCUGGCGUCAAGGGCCUCCCUUCGGUCAUGAACGUGGUCAUCACUCUCUCGGUCAUCUCAGUCGCCAACUCAUGCACGUACGGAUCGACCCGAACUCUUCAGGCCCUGGCAGCGCGUGGAAUGUUGCCAAAGAUUCUUGCCUACGUCGAUAAGAAAGGCCGUCCCAUUCCGACUAUUCUCCUUCAACUCGCCUUCGCCAUGUUGGCAUUCGUCAACGAAUCCUCGAGUUCCGGCGGAGUCCUCUUCGGAUGGCUGUUGGCGUUGAGCGCAAUCGCCUAUUUCUUCGUCUGGGGAAGCAUCUGUCUGGCUCACAUCCGUUUCCGUAUGGCCUGGAAAGCAGCCGGACGAUCCAUCGAUGAGCUGCCGUACAAGGCAUCAAUGGGCGUUUGGGGAUCCUACCUUGGCUUGCUGUUGAACAUCGUCUGCUUGAUCGCCUCGAUCUACGUUGGCGUCUCACCGAUCACAGGCGAGCCUUUCUCAUUCGCUGUCAAGCCCUUCUUUCAGCAGAUCUUGGCCAUUCCGACGAUCUUCUUCUUCUACAUUUGCUACAAGAUCUUUGUGUUGAUCAAGGUUCCGGAACAGCGUCCGAUGUGGGUGCGCAUCUCUAAGAUCGACGUCUACGAGGGAUUGAGGGAGCGCCAAAAGGAGAUAUCUGGACCCAAUGUACCUGACAGCCAGCGCAAGUCGAGUAUCAUUGAGAAUCAGCAGAGGAAGAACUAUACGAUGGCUCAGCGAUUCAAGAUGGUCUUUACAGAUCUUCUUUGAACGCUGACGUGGGCUGGUGGGGCUGCGGGAGAGGGCGUACAGAAGUACUGGUCAGACGCAGAUCGAGCGUACUUAUCGAGAGGGCACAGGGCAUCACUUUUUCGGCUGAUGCUCGACCCGAUGAGAUUGCACGAACCUGCGCUGGACACAUACAUAGCGAAGUACGACUAGAGCUUCACGGCCAAAUUUAAUGACCAUUAACAAA